AUGGGACCGUCCAAGCGCUUCCACUUUUGGAAGACUGGCACCUCUGGAGAUUCCAAGGCCGAAGUUGACAAGACUCACACGGAGCAAAAUGUGGUCAUCCCAAACCACUCGGAUACCCUCUGUGAGAACUCGCAGGACCAGCCUAUUGAGGGUGCGAAAAGCAAGUCGAGUCCCGAGGACGAUCCAACGCGGUUCGGGUUGAAGGUUCUGGUUCCACAGCCAGCUGGGAAAGAGCGAUGUGUCGAUAUCAUCGCCAUCCAUGGCCUGAAUGGGCACUAUGAGGCAACAUGGACGGAUCGUACUACAGGUGCCAAUUGGCUGAAGGACCCUGAGUUCCUGCGCAAGGACAUCCCAAACGCACGAAUACAGUCCUUUGGUUACAAUUCAGUCUCCUACUUCAGCACGUCCAAUGCAAACGUUCGAGACUUCGCUUCGGAGCUCCUAGCAUCCAUCAAAUCGAGUAGGAGGGGCUCCGUGGAGAAGAAAAGACCCAUUGUCUUCAUCUGCCAUAGUCUGGGAGGAAUCGUCUUCAAGCAGGCAGUUGUCCGCGCACACGAGCAAAACGAGCACUACUCGAAUAUCCUCGAAAACAUACGAGGCGUUGCUUUUUUCGGUACACCACACCACGGCUCGGACCUGGCGUUCUGGGACCAUGUUGGUACAAUGUUGAUUCGGGCAGCGACCUUGGGAUACUCCACGAAUGUACAACUCUCGAAGGAUUUGAAGAUUGAUUCGGAGAUGCUAAGGCGUAUAACCGAGUCUUUUGCGUACCGAGGCGCACAACUGAAGAUCCGAAGCUUCUAUGAGACGGAGUUUAUGAAGGGACUCAAUAGUCUUGUCGUUCAACGGAGCUCAUCGAUUCUCAAUUGGCCGAAUGAAAUUGAUAUUGCAGCAUCAGCCAAUCACUCUUCUAUCUGCAAGUUCCCUAGAGUAGGCGACUCACGAUAUAAGACUGCGUGGCACAAUAUCGGUGAGAUAAUCGAAAGAGAAGAAGCACCGGAGAAAAUAUCACUCACCGAAGAAGAACGAUCGUGUUUGAGAGAGUUCGAUUCCGGCUAUGAAUCUCAUCUCAGCCAAGUCGACGACCCUAUUCCCGGAACUUGCGGUUGGAUAUUGAACCAUGAGAAGUGGGUUCAAUUCGACUCUACCCCAGCUUCAACUCUCCUCUGGAUUACUGCUGAUGCUGGAUGUGGGAAGUCGGUGGCUGCCAAACACCUAUUUGAACACCAUAAGAGCAGAAGGAAUGUGUGUUAUUUCUUCUUCAAAGAUGGUUUCGAGUAUCAAAACAAUGCACAGUCUGCCUUAUCUGCCAUACUUCACCAGAUUUAUUGCUUCCAGCCUUCCUUGUUAAAACAUGCGAUGGCCAAGCAUGACACGACCCCGAAACGGACGUUUAAGCAGUUCGCAUGCCUGCAGUCAAUGUUGAUGAGUACCAUCGAAGACGAAAGUUUUCGAGAUACGCUUUGCAUUAUCGAUGGUCUGGAUGAGUGUGAACCAAAGUCCCGGGAUCUACUGGUAAAAUGUCUAGCGACAUAUUUCACAAUCCCGGUACAAUCAAAUCCCGGCGGCCAAGGUCCUUUCAAAAUGGUCAUCCUUAGCAGGCCGGAUAACUUGAUUCAACGACGACUCCAACUUUUCGGCAAGGAUACGACCGAGAAGAAUUACCCUGGCCUGCAAAGAAAAUCAAGGCUUAUGGCUGAGGACGAAGUGAUAGCAAUAGCAAAGGACAUCAACCUAUUCAUUCGGGCCAAAAUUGAAGAGUUCGGACCUAAGUCUGAACUCUCGGAAGACGUUCUAGCAAAAGUUGAGAACAGAUUGAUUGAUGGUGCUGAUUUUACUUUCCUUUGGGUAUCCUUGGUUGUCAAGCUCCUUGAGGACGCAGAAGUUGACGGGAUAUCUAAAGAGCAGCUCGAAGCUAUCUUACGGACGACUAACUUGGACGAUGUAUAUCGGCGGCUUUUAACAGCAAGGAAGUUCCCUUUGAAAACAAGGAAGAUAUUAUAUAUCGUCAUCGCUGCGGCACGACCUCUCACGUUAGAAGAGAUGUGUGUGGCUGUUGAGGUGCAUCAAGACUACUACCCACGAGACUCCGAAGGAGCAGGUUCGGAUAGAGUUGGGUACUCUACCGCGCUUUCCGCGGCAGACAUGCACUCGGCAGGACCUUCACAAUCAUAUGGGAAAGUCCUGGAAUUGGAGAUCCUGAGCUCGAAGCUUUGCAAACCGUUCGCAAAUCACCUGCGGCUCUUAUGUGGUCAUUUCAUUAGAAUCCGAGCCAAUCGGGUGUAUUUAGUCCAUCAGACUGCCAAAAAGUUCCUCCUGGACACGCAACCAUUGAUUGAGUUUGGUCUUGGUCAUUAUCUUCGGCCUUUUGGAUGGAAAAUUGAGCGGCCUACAGUCGCUGAGCUCAAGUAUUUGAAGCACCAGAACCUGGCAACUCAAGACCAGCCGCCACAAUGGGAGCACUCUAUCCGACUAGAUGUUGCAACGCGUUAUCUGCUCCAAGUCUGUGUUGACUACAUCCAACUGUUCGACACCAGCAGAGAGGAAGCCUUCAAACUCGGUAUGACAGUCUCCAAGUACCUCGAAACGCACAGCGACGAACCGGAGUGGGCAUUAUUGACCUACGCGUCCGUUUACUGGGUUGAGCAUUACCGCGAGCUGCGAAAAGAUCUGCGUAAUUGUUUCGAUUUCAUGUUCAACCCCAAGUUUAUACGGUUCAAGAUUUGGAGCUCGAGAUACUUGGGCUGGUCCCGCGAGGACGCAAACCGUUCUCCAAAACACACAUCAGGUAUGCCCAUCAGUGCGCAGCAGAUUGUGGAUAUCGGCAACAAAAGCACCAUCGGACCACCGGACAUGUACAGCGAGGAAGAAAAGUUCCAACGUAUUCUUGACUUCUUCAACCUCGGCGGAGAAGAUACUGAGCUCUACGAUGAGGAGUAUCUCGAUGGAGACCACUAUUGGAAAGAGACGGCAAAGGCCCAAGAUGAGGGAUGGGAGGAUGACAGCGGCUCUGAAUCCCCGGACGACAGACUCAAAGUCUCGAUUCCGGAUCGUAUUCAGCAUUUCAGACGACAGCACCGGAACGUCGUCCAGGAGAAAAUUAGGGAGAGUUGGGACCCGAUGUCCCCGGGCAGUAUGAAUCCCACGUCUGUCAAGUCACUUGAUAUGCAUUUUAAGAAACAGGGCGAUGGGGGUCAAGCUGGGGCUCUGACUGUCAAGAAGGGCGGUUUUGGGACCGGAGAGAGGGAGUGGAAGAGCAGAGGGAGAGAGGAAAUUUAUGAUCGCGAAGGCCGGUCUACGACCGCAGCAAAGGCGUAUGGCAGAAAUCAGCCACGACGUUCUAGUCUUGAAGGACUAAAUGACGAGGAAGAUGAGUGGAAAAGUCCCUUGGAUUUUUGA